UUGUAGUCGUGCAAUAACAUCAAGGUAAAUCCAACUGAUCAGGUCACGUGCUCUAUUCCGUUCCACAGCAAGGGACUCCAUAUUGGUGAGACUAAAAUUUAUAAGGCCGUAAUAUCCAUUGACAUCCUCUAAGAAAGAGGAACAAUGGAGAGUGUAUACGGCAUAAACGUUAAAAACAAAUUUGACCUUUUUGGUGACGAGGAUGUUGAUCCUCUAGAAAUUAUUGCUCAGGCAGAAAAUGCCAAGAAAAAUGAGCAGGACAAGAAGAAAAAGGAUGACAAGGGAAAGAAAACUAAAGCUGCCAAAAAGCAGGUUUUAAAGACAGAAGACAAGAAUAAACCCGCUGAAGUAAUAAAGCCAGAAAAGGAAGAAAAAGUAAGUGCCGCUCCACGACAAAAUGAACGGCCAAGAAGUGCUCGGCCACCAAGGGAGGAAAACAGGCCACCAAGACGGCGGGAUGAGAACUAUAAUCCAGACAGAGAGAGGAGUGAGCGACCUGCGACCACAGACAACUACCAGAGAUCUGAGCGGGUAGAAGGCGGUGGUUUUGGUCAGCGCGAUAGUGGACCACGGGAGGGAGGGUUUGGUCGAGGACGAGGCGGUCGGGGAAGAGGGCCGCGAGGCGCAAGAGGAGACCGUGGUGGACGUGGCGGCUUUGGAGGCAAGCGGGAGUUCGAGAGACACAGUGGAAGUGACAAAACCAGUGGUGUAAAGCCUACGGAGAAACGAGACGGAAGUGGUGCCCACAACUGGGGAACUGUAAAGGAUGAUAUUGACCUGCCACCAAAGGUGGAUUAUUGGAGGGAUCCAAAGGAGCAGAUGAAGGAGACCACUGAGGAGCCCCAGGAAUGGAACCCCCAGGCCGAGGAUACAGAAAACAAGGACCCCAAUGAGAGCACUGAGUCAGCUGGACCAGUUGAUGAGGCUGAGGAGGAGGCAGAGAAGCAGAUGACCCUGGAGGAGUGGAAGAAGAUGGAGGAGGCUAAACGUGUGAAAUCCGAGUUCAAGCUGCGCAAGGCCAACGAGGGAGUGGACACCAGUCAGUGGAAGGGCUCUCAUAUGUACAAGAAGGCUCCCGGGGCUGAGAGUGAGGAGGAGGAAGAGUCCGAAGAGGAGGAAGAGGAAGAUGAGGAGGAGCAGAGAAAGAAGAGAUUGAUGAAUGAGAUCAAGUUCACAUUCAACGACUCUCCCAGACGGGGUCGUGGAGGUCGUAGACCCAGGGGUCCCCGUGGGGGUCGUACAGGAGGUCGCAUGGGGGACCGGCGCUCGGGCACCGCAGCACCCAAAUUUGAUGAUGAGAACGACUUCCCAUCACUCAUUAAAUCUCAAGCCUAGGAGGUUAAACGCCACCUUAUGUGAGGCUAAAAAUAACCCUAGAACUUGCGUGUUGGUAUCUCUGUGAAAGUACUUUUAAAUCAUGGUUUAAUUUAUGUUCACAUGUGCGGCCAUUUAUCAUAUUCAUUUUUGCAUGAUGUGGGGAUCUGCCAGAGUUGUAUAUUUGCCUUUUAUUAAAGGCUCGAUACUCGCUGAAACCUCGCGACAUUCUCUAUCACAAGACUGGAAUAUGUGUGUGAAAUGAAUUAAUUUGCAAUAAUAGUCGUUAACUGUUGAUAAAUGGUACUACAAAAAACAACAUUUGUGCUCAUGUAAGUGGCAAAAUUGCCAGUCGUAUUUAUACCUCUUAUUAGAAGUGUGUUGCAUGGUUAUUGGAGGAGGAAGGAGUCAUUUUUCGUGGUUCAUUUUGUUUAUUUAACCAUCUUUAUAAACCAUGAUGUGAGAUAUUAGGCUAGCGCAAAUAAUUUUGUUAUUUAAUAAUAAAAAUUUAAAGGCCA